AUGAUAUUGCUCGAGGCGAUUCGAUAUCUAAAUUUUGCCAAGACCGCAGACAGUUUUGAAUCAAAGGUUCAAUUGUAUGCUGUCUUCGAGUCCUUCUGGGGCAGGAGAAGGCAACCGUUUGUGGGAAGCAAUCGAUUCAUGCGUAUAAAGGGGUGCGUGGUGAGCCAGGAAGGACGUUCUUCUGGAAGUCGGUUACAUUCAGAAGAAAUAUAUUGUCCGUACGGCUCUUUAGGUGCGCUGCCAAUCCUUUGUCUUUCCUCCUUGAACCCUUUUUCAUGUGACAUCUCGGAUUGA